AUGGCACACAACACCGAACCAUACGUACAGUCCGGCGAACCCCUCCACGAGUUUCUUCGUUCGUUCUGGCAACGACAAGUCGACAUGGCGGAGGAAGAGGUGCCGGACUACAGGCAUCCGCCUUUGCCGCUUGCGAGGAUCAAGAAGGUUAUGAAGAGUGACCCGGACGUGAAGCAAAUGAUUGCUGCCGACGCCCCCAUCCUCUUCUGCAAAGCCUGCGAAAUACUAAUAGCAGAGAUCACCGCGCGCGCGUUCAUAGUGGCAGACGCGAACAAGCGCCGCACGCUCUCGCGCUCCGACAUCGCCAAGGCGCUCGCCAAGUCCGACCAGUUCGACUUUUUGAUCGAUAUCGUGCCGAGGGAGGAUCCGUUUCCUGGGGGGCGGUCGAAGAAGAAGGGCGCGGAGGGGGCGGGGGCGUCGGGGUCGAAGGAGGCGUCGGCUUCGCUGAAACAGGAGGAGGGCGAUGGACGGGCUGCGGGGGAGGCUCAGGUGCAGCAGCCUGGGCAGAGUAGCCAGCACGUCAUGGACCAGUUACAGUCUAUCUUGAGUCUUCAUCCUCCGCCUAUGUAG